AUGCCCGACGCUGCCCCCCCAGCCCAAACAGGAAGCCCGUCGCAGAAGAAGGCCGGAGCGCCCAAGCCGAAAGGCGCCGUCCGCGCUAAGUCGGGCUGCUACACCUGUCGGAUCCGCAGGAAGAAAUGCGACGAGCAGCCGAACGAGCAGGGCGCGUGCCAGACAUGUGUUAGGCUUCGUCUCCAAUGCCUUGGAUUCGGCGCAAAGCGGCCAGACUGGAUGAGAGAGAACAAUAGCGUCACGGAGUUGCGCGACAAGAUCAAAGCUUUCCUCGCCUCUCAAGGCAUGAUCAAGGGCCAUUCUGGCUCAGGGCCGCGCACAAACGAGCAGGAGCCUCAAAUGCUCAUCCUGGUCGAAAAUUUGCGCAACUCGUCCCCGUCAAGCCCCCCUACUCCUACCCUCUCCGCGAGCUCCAGCGACGGUCAUAGGCCGGUGGGCGGUCUUGCAACGUCCUUUGUCCGCGACGGCUCUCACUACCAGCCUGCUCCUCCUCCAAUGCAACACGAACCUUCCUACAGUGCGAGCUGGCAGCCCACUCUCCCGGACUUGGGCGGACACCACCAUGACUCUGCGUUGGCGAGGAGCAAUAAUGUGCUCCCGACGGUCAACGACAUGCUCUACCCUCCGCCCCCCGCUACUAUGUUACCGUCCUCGAAUAGUCUAGUUCCCAUCUCUUCCUCGUCGUCUUGGCUUGUCCACAAUGGCCCGACCACUCCUGUGACACCUGUCUCCGCGUACCCCAUGUCAGCAGCCCCAACAGCCUACCUCGGUCCGGGCGCGGGUAUGCCCUCAUCGUUUGGCCCCGCAUACAACAUUUCCGUCAACUACAACGACGACGAACAAGUGGACCCGCCUCCAGAGCCUCCUAUACCUCCAUCCAUCACCUAUGAAUAUCAGAUGAUCCCUAACGACCAGACCGAACUGGUGCAGCACUACUUCCACAGCGUGCUGCCCAUCCAGUACUUGCUCGCUGACGCGUCGAUAUCGAACUUCAUGUUCCGUCUUAUUCAGCGGAGUCCGUCGGCGAGGGACGCGGCGUGUGUGCUCUCCGCAUUGCAUAUGCACAGCAUACAAUACCCGUCGCGGUCUCGAACUCCGGACAUGGCGGUCAUCUACAGACGACUAGAGAAUGCGCUCACGGCCAAGCGGACAUACAACGAGGGCGACGCGAUGGCGGGGCUGCACGUCGUGUCGACGUUCCUCUUCUCUGGCGGGCGCGGGCCGUGGGGCGCGUACCUGGACAUCGCGGGGCAGUACGUGGACAUGGUGCUCGCGGACAGGCGGUUCUACGGGCCCGAGGACGUGCUCAAGAAGUGUUCGGAGAGCACGCGCUUCAUCAUCAAGACGACGAUGUGGUUCGACGUGCUCGCGUCGGUGACGACGCUGCAGGUGCCGCGCUUCCUCGAGACGUACCGCCACUUGUUCGGGCGCAGCGCGGGCGUCGUGGGCGGCGGCGCGGGCGCGGCGUACAUCGACGACGGGGCCACGACGACGCCCGAGCUGUCGAUGCUCCCCGUGAUGGGCUGCGAGAACCACAUCGUGCUCGCGAUCGCGGAGAUCUCGAACCUCGCGCAUUGGAAGGAGAGCCAGCGCCACCGCGGGUGCCUCAGCGUGCCGCAGCUCGUCGAGCGCGGGCUCGAGAUCGAGAACAAGUACCUCCACCCGACUGCGACGGCCUACGGCCGCUUCGACCCGACGCAGACGACGUCCGACCCCGAGGUCGCCCAGCGGCGCCGGCUCACGAACGACAUCUUCCGCGCGUCGGCGCGCGUGUAUCUGCACACGGUGCUCUCCGGCGACUAUCCGUCCUGCCCGGAGAUCAUCGCGGGCGUCGCGGAGACGAUCGAGUGUCUCCGGCGUGUGCCCACGCAGAACGCGCGGGCAUCGCGCUCCGUGCUCAGGAGCGUCGUUUUCAGUAUAUGUAUCUGUGGCUGCCUCACGGACGACCCGCGCCACCGCAGCUUCCUCCUCCAGCUACUCGAGUCGCAGCAAGGCGACAACGUCGGCAACGUUUCUGAGGUAAGAGCGCUCAUGGAGCAGGUUUGGGCCCGCCGCGAGGGCAAUCAGGGGCGCCCCGUCAACUGGAGGGACGUUAUGCGGGAGUCGCAGCGGGACUUGCUGCUGCUGGUAUAG